AUGGCAACCCCUCUUCAGGAGGCGUUGACCUCGGACACAAGACCGAAAUGCUGUACUGUGGAUACAGCUGGCCGUAAACAAUACAAAAGUACACUCGGUGCCUCGGCUAACAGUGCAACCAAGAGACCAAUCCUCUCGCCUGGCCUCGGCUACAGCUUGCCCAGGGCACCGGCGAACCGGGACCACAAGGAGGAUGCCACUUGUUCGGGCUUGUCAUUAACAUCUUCGCAGACUUUUAGACACGUAACUUCGCUCUGUGCCAAAGCUGACGUCUGGCAAGCUACAAAAAAACGCCGACAUAAAGCUUCCGUGAGUGCAUGCAUGUGCCUGUGUGUCUGUGUGUGUGUGUGCGUACAUGAGCGAUUGAGUCUAGAGAAAGCCGCCAAGGGAGGCGCCAGGAUCCUACCAACUCUGAUCCCAGUAGGACCUUUAUGA